UGUUGCAAGUGGACGCCAGGCUGCACAGUUGCAUUGAGCGGGGAGGGGCCAUCGCAUGCAGUGGCAGUCGGCGCAUCCCGCCCAAACACAACACCGUCAGCCACAUUCCACGCUCAGACCUCCUUUCCCGUCCACUCAACCUCCCAUUCUUAUCCCUCUUUCUCAUUUCCAUCUCAUUCCGCUCACCUUUGCACCCGGCACAAGUAAGCACCAGGAUAUGUCAGACAACGAGGAAGAGGCCACUGUCAGCUUCGAGUCUGUCGACGAGUUACAGCAGCAUGGAAUCAAUGCUCUCGACAUUGCCAAGCUCAAAGCCGCGGGUAUCGUCACCAUUGUCGGCGUCGCCCAGACUCCGCGCAAGAAUCUCCUCAAGAUCAAGGGUCUCUCAGAGGCCAAGGUAGAAAAGCUCAAGGAAACAUGCGCAAAGAUGUUGCCUCCCCCCUUCCUGACCGGCACAGAGAUCGCAGACAAAAGGCAGAACGUUGUGUACAUUACCACAGGCUCCAAGUCUGUCGACGCCAUGCUCGGAGGAGGUAUCGCAACUCAGAGCAUUACCGAGAUUUUUGGCGAGUACCGAACUGGCAAAACCCAGCUUUGUCAUACCCUCUGUGUCGCCACCCAGCUCCCCGAAGACCAAGGCGGCGGAGCUGGCAAAGUCGCUUACAUCGACACCGAGGGCACCUUCCGUCCUGACCGUGUCCGCGCCGUUGCAGACCGCUUUGGUGUCGACUCUGGCAUGGCACUCGACAAUGUACUCUGUGCGAGGGCAUGGAGCAGCGAGCAGCAGUGCGAUCUACUGGUGGAUCUGGCCAUCCGGUUCGUGGAAGAUAGGAGCUACAAGCUGUUGAUUGUGGACAGUAUCAUGAAUCUGUUCCGUCAAGACUACUCUGGUAGAGGAGAGCUCUCCGAGAGGCAACAGAAACUGAAUCAAUUCCUCGCCAGGCUGCAAAAGCUUUCUGAAGAGUUCAACCUUGCCAUCGUACUGACCAACCAGGUCCAGGCCGAUCCUGGUGUAAGCCCCGAGUUCUAUACCCCCAGAUUUGGACUCACAGGAAUAGGCCGCUGCAAUGUUUGCCGCUGCCUCGAUGGCCAAGCCGGUCGGUGGUCACGUUCUCGCUCAUGCCUCUGCUACUCGUAUCGCUCUCCGAAAAGGUCGAGGCACAGAGCGUAUCGCCAAGCUUCAAGAUUCGCCCGAUAUGCCAGAAGGUGAAGCAACGUACAACUUGGGAUCAGGAGGUUGGGAAGAUCCCAACUAACAAUAUUUCGUUCAUAUCAUUUCGGACUUUCGCAUCAUCAUCACGUGUUGUAUAUACUUGCCAAUCUACUGCCUUAUAUAUAAGGGUAUUACUGCCGAGUUCUUUGCCUGCUUAGACUUGAUAGACUAUCAACUUCAUCGAGGAUAUGUUUAUCAGUAUACUGUAUUGUAUCUAGCAUGAGACGCCAAAUGAAGGACAUCUCCCGUCCAUCAAUUGGGCAAGCAUAUUUCCAUUAGUCA